AUGUUUCUUUUUCAGCUCUAUAGCCCAGGUUGCACGAGCUUAACACCAGAGGGAUUGACUGAAGCAGUGAAGUUGCUAACAAAAAACAACGAGAGACUAAAGAGCCUAAAAAUCACUGGCAUCUCCAACAUGAAGAAAGAAGACCUUUACACGCUUCACAAUUUACUAGAUUUGGACCAAACACAGCAGAAGAAAGUGAAGAUAUUAUAUCAUGAGCACAAGAAAUGCUCGAGCCUUAAACAUGAAGAAACCGAUUAUCCAAUAGAUGUAGAUGUGUGUCCCAAGUGUUACGAAAUACGAAUGGUUUUCGACUGCCCUGGAAUUCUCCGUCCGAAGGAGCAGCAGCUUCAGACAAUUGAAUGUAAGGGAUGCUACCACUGCAUUCCGAGGUGUGAUGAGUGUGGCAUUUGUAUUACCGGUCAAGAACUCGCGAAGGCAGCAUGGGCUGACACGUUGUGUUUAGAGUGUUGGCUGUAG